AUGAGCGAAGUGUAUGAGCUCGAAAUCACCACCAACGCCACCGAAAUGCCGCUCGAGAAGAAAUUUCCCGCGCAAUUGCUGCUAAAAGAGCUGAAAAGGAAAUUGGAGCUUGUCGUCGGCACUGAAGCGUCAUCAAUGAAAAUGGAGUUGUAUGAUUCGGAUGGCGUGAAGAAGGCGGAUCUUUCGGAUGAUGGAAAGUCGCUCAAGGAUUUGGGAGUUCGCGAUGGAAUGCGAAUUCACGCGAUUGACAUCACCGGUCGCAAUGAAGAUUUGAAGGAUGAGAGUAUGGUGGAGAAGUACGAAAUCAGCGACGACGCCUAUAAUCAGAGAACAGAUAGCGUUCGAGCUUGGAAGAAAAAAAUGCAAGAGGAGACGAAGACGAGCAACGCCGGAGCGGAAGCGCUGAAGAGGAAUGAAGAAGCCGCGAAGGGCAUCAAGGUGGGCGAUCGGUGCGAGAUUCGAAUCAAAUCGCAAAUGGCCCGACGCGGAGAGGUCGCGUUCAUCGGACCAACGAAAUUCAAGGAAGGUAUUUGGGUUGGAGUCAAAUACGAUGAACCCGUUGGAAAGAAUGAUGGAUCGGUGGCCGGUGAAAGGUGCGGUUAUUGUUUUGAGCAAUGA